AUGAAGAAUUUAAAGAAGAAUCAUGACAAUGCUAUAUUUAUUCAAUUUUUAUUGCUCUUUAUAUUUCUCUUGUUUUCUAAACAGUGGGAAAUUGGAUCAAUAUUUUUCCUUAAUGCUGCUCCAAGUUUUUAUAGCAAGAAUAAAGAAUCUUCUGAAAAACAGUUUAGGCAUGCGGUAAAUCCGCUAAAAGCUAUACUUAUAGAGCAGCAUUAUAAAAACUAA